CAUUAUCAAUGGAUAGCAAUGUCCCAUUAUACCUCUCAAGAUUCGAUAUGAAAGAUUGCAAGUGUGACUAUCAUGGCUUCGAAUAUCGGAGGAUGAGGUACAAGCAAUUGACUGAUAAGGAACGUCAAUCUCGCAAAAUCAAUUGUGAAAAGCUAAGUUCCAUGUCGCCGACUGUGGACGACAUAUCUGAUACAGAUAAAAUAAUGAAAAGUGUUUACAAGACAGAUUAUGAAAAAAGAGAUUACAGUUCGUUGAUUGCGGAGAUGGAUUCGUUACUUGGACGACCUAUUAUAUCGCCAGCUGUUAAUUGGAAAGAUGCUUACAGAGAUCCGAACAGAUUUAGAUAUUCGGCUAUGGAGACACCAACGAUUCAACCCGCCAAGAAUAUGAGCCUGUUAAAAAUUUCAGAAACCGCUUCCUUUUGGGACAAACCGUUUACAGGCACUUCAGAGUACACGGAUAAAAUCAGCAAACUGGGCUUGAGCAAUAUGAAAAGUCAGCAACGAUACUUGAAACCUCUUCUCCCGAUAAAAAGAAAGUUCGGCGACUGCAGCCUAUGGAAAUCUAAAGCGAUGCAUUAGCUAUGUGAUGUAAAAGCUGCCGAGCGUUACAAAUAAAGAUGGAAAUAAGUAUACACGAAUGAUGCAAUAUAUAAAAUGCAUAACAUUUAUA